AUGCAGAUCCGGAGCACCUCCAUCUCGUCCUCGAUCCUCGCAGCCAUCUCAGGCGACUCAAACAACCCCGACAAACCAAGCCUCAAAAAGCGCAUCUUUCGCGUCUUCACCUCCUUCCUAUCCGUCUUCCACCUCCCUCUUGCUCGAUACCGCGCCGCAGACUUCCUCGAACUCCGACACAAUGUCUGGCAAUUUGAUGAAGACGAGUACACAAACUCCUUCCACCUCGCAAAGAAGGCAGCCAAGGGCAAGGGCCGCGAAUCCGAUCUCGUGCCUGUGGGCGAUCUGGGGUACAGCGGCUCGACCUUCUUCACGACGGCCGAUGGGAAGUUCCUUAUCAAGUCGCUGCCCCGCCGGUUCGAGCACGAGUUCUUCACGCACGACUUGUUUGACGCCUACGUUGCACACAUGAAGAAGCACCCGCACAGCCUGUUGGUUCGCAUCACCGACAUGGCCUAUACCGCGAAAGCGACGAUUGGUGGCAUUCUCGGCAUGGCGCCGACGCACCACAUCAUCAUGGAGAACCUGAUGUUCGGUAAGAAGGAGGAGGAGACCGAUCAUCGCAGGAACCAGUGGGAGACAUACGACCUCAAGCCCAACGACUACUUCUUCCCCGAACGUGAUAUCGCCAACGGCAAUCUUGCACCACAGAGCGUCAAGGAACGCUUGAUUGACGAGUUCGAGGACAAGGUUCGCGUCACACCCGCCCAGAAGAAGGAGCUGCUGGACAUUCUCGAAGCCGACACCCAACUCCUGGCCGAGAACAACGCCGUCGACUACUCCCUCUUCAUGGUGCGCUUCCCCGGCCCCAAUGUGCUCGACGAAGCUCGCGACGUACCCACGAUCCAAUCCGACGCACCUCCCUGGCGCACCGGUCUGACGGACGCCGACGGCAACUGGACCUACCGCAUGAUCGUUCUCGACUUCUUCUGGGCCAAGCACAAGUUUCGCGCGAAGGCCAUGACUGGGCUCGUCAAGUCGUACAACGUGUUUGCCGGCCACGGCCCCAUGAGCAUUACUGCCAACCCUACGGAGUAUCGGGAGAGAUUCCUCAACAUGGUUCGAGAUUUUGUCGUUGAAGUAUAA